AUUCUCAUUAAUGACUUUCACGAUCCUGCCGUAUGCUCCAUUGCACUAACGUGCUGCUGUCGCUGCCGCUAUAUAAGCCGGUUCGCCUGGCGUACAGUUCUAUAGGAAGUUAACUCGUACUCCCAUCUGCUUUCUACCUCCCUCCGCGGACAGAAAGCAUUUCACUCUCCCCUAGAAUGUCGGCCUCCUCAGCGUCCCAGAACUCGACUCACCUCAUUGUGGAGGAGCCGGUUGUGGAUCCCUUACAGCUCGCACUGUACACAGACGUCGUCCUCCUUUGCGGAGUCGCCGUAUUCGCUCUUUUUACCAUCCCCCGCUGCGUCACUCGUUUCUCCAGAGGCUUUGAAUGGGGUCAGGGCGGUCUGCUGCGCUCGACCGAGGUGGCGCCUCCGCGAAGGCCGAAACGCAGACCCACCCUUAACCAGCAAUCAUCCUUCGCACUGGGCUCGGAAGACUCGCACACCCUCAACUCGCAUAGCCAUCUGGUGCGCCGUGGCAGCGAGAAGCGGGGCCAUGUUCACUACUCUUUCCCGCCACACACGCGCGCAUGGUCGACGCUCGCCUUUCCGCUGGCCCGGAUGCUAAACUAUUCGGUCUCACGCGAGCUGAACCUCGGGCAGGCUAUAAUAAUGGUCUCGUACUUCGGUGUCCUCCUGUUUGCGUCUUUAUGGCACUCCAGUCUGUUUACAGACCCCGUACGCACGGGCUUUGUCGCGAUGUCCCAGAUCCCCGUGGUCGUGGCGCUCGCGACAAAGUUUAACUUGAUCGGGAUGGUGACAGACGUGGCGUAUCAGCAUCUGAAUUACCUCCACCGGUUUGCGGGGCAAUUGCUGGCCAUCGCCGCCAAUAUCCAUACGCUGGGUUACGUGUACAAGUGGUGCUUGGAGGGUACCUUCACGGAGGAGAUCAAGCAUGCGCCGGUAGCCUGGGGCUUCGUAGCCACCUUCGCUCUCGACGUGCUGGUAUUCACGUCCACCGAAACGUGGCGCCUGCAGGCGUAUAAUGUCUUCUUUGCAUCGCACCUCGUCGCCGUAGUUGUACUGCUCCUUGGGACGUGUUACCACCAGCCCUCGACCAUCCCGUACGUCCUCGUGGCCGUCGGACUCUACGGCCUCGACCUGCUCGUGCGCCUGAUCAAAACCCGCGUCUGCAUCGCGCGCAUACGGCCCAUCCCCGAGCUUGCGCUGACGCGCGUGGAGGUCCCGCAGCUCAACGCGGGGUGGCGCCCCGGGCAGCACGUGCGGCUGCGCGUUCUAUCAUUGUGGAUGGGGUGGUGGGCAUGGACGGAGGUUCACCCCUUCACGAUCGCCAGCGUGAGCAAGGGCCCCGAGGGCAUGGUGCUCAUGUGUAAGAAGGCAGGCGACUGGACGUCAAGGUUGUACGAGAUGGCGAAGCUUUCAGAGUACGGCGAUAAUGCGUAUGGCCGUGACGUGAGGAUAUGGCUUGAGGGACCUUAUGGUGGACCAGGACAUAGUGUCUUUGCCAGUUACUCGGGCGCACUGUUUAUCGCUGGCGGAAGCGGCAUCACCUUUGCUUUGGCCGCUGUCCAGGACCUCAUCCAGCAAGAUCUCGACGGAACAAGCCGCGUCAAGGUGAUUGAGCUUGCCUGGGCAGUCCAAGAUCCAGCCGCAUUGGUACCCCUUAUCCCCUUGUUUACUGCCUUGCUCCAACAGAGCACUCUUACGAGCCUCCGCAUCCAAGUGUUCUAUACCAGGGCCACAAUGAUGGACCUGAAUAAGAUAGUUCUGCCUCCGGGAUUGACCCUCCUCCCGGGCCGACCGAGACCGGCCAAGUUACUCGAGGCCGUCCUAGACUGCACCAUGUCGGUCACAUUUGGCGGGAAGAACCAAACAGCUCUAUCGGGCAUUGUUGUUGGUGUAUGCGGGCCCGCAGGGCUUGGAAAGGACGCUCGCAAAGCAGUCGAUACCGUCGACCCUCGUCGGAGGAAGGCGGUUCGAGGGGUGGAACUACAUCAAGAAUCUUUUGGGUGGUAAUAUCACAUCCGGAUCAUGUAUAUCUUGACCCUUCGCCGGGUUGUAUCGAUCCUCGCAAGUGUAUUGUUAUUUGUACCGCUGUAUUCUGGCUGCUUUGGGUGAAACGUCGGGUUAUAUAUACAUCGCUAUUCUUGGGGUUCAAUUUUUCGAGCAUGGGAGGCUCGGACGAGGG